AUGUCGCCAGAGAUGCUGGCAAAGCUGCUAGCGGCGCCCGCUCUCCCACCACCAAAGGGUGUCACUCCAAAUUUUGAUAAUCCCCCAAAUCAAAAUAACUUAGCAUGGUUUGUGACUACUAUAUGCAUGGUCGUUGCGACGCUCUGUCUUCUUCUUCGAGGAUAUGCUCGUGUUUGGCUGGAGAAGAAGAUUGGAAUCGAAGAGAUACUCAUGUUUCUUGCAUAUGGAGCUUACUGGGGCACCGCUUACGCCGGGUAUUCCAUGAUAUACACGCCAGGCUAUUUUGUCCACACCUGGAACCUCCAUAACAGGGACCUUUUAAUUCUUGUCUACGGCUGCACGUACUCGGCCACUCUCCCCCUCAUUAAAACUGCAAUCUUGCUAGACUGGUGCCGCGUUUUUGCCCCCCUUGAUCGUAUGAAGAGCGCCUUCUGGUGGGGCUGCGCAUGUGUGAUCACUCUUCAGUGUCUCUGGGGAGCUCUCUGCGUGAUUCUGUUGAAUCUGCAAUGCAGGCCCCACGAAGCCAUUUGGAAGUUCUGGCUGCCUAGCAAAUGCUACAGCCUUCCAGAUGUAAUGUUGACAUCUGCCACCGUACAAGUUGUCUCUGACGUCACGAUGUUUAUCUUGCCCCAGCGGAUAAUCUGGACAUUGCAUAUGAACUGGCAGAAGAAGCUAGGCGUAUCGAUCAUUUUCGGCGUUGGUAUUCUCGCCGUCGUCUCUGCAUGCUUCCGCCUUUCACACACUAUUGACUUUGCCCGAGAGGCAGACGGCAUGUACCUGAUCGGGCCUCUUCUCUUUUGGGCCUGUGCCGAGAUGACAUGCGGCUUCUUCAUUCUCAGUAUGCCCUGUCUGUCAAAAAUCAUCAUCGAAUCCGGGCUGCCACGCCGUGUCAAAACCGCGUUUGGCUACAGUGGGAAUUCCGAUAGCAAACCGUCGAACCAGCCCACCGAAUCUGGCCCUCGCUCUGGUCGCGCAGGUUCUCGUCCCCUCAAGCCCUCAUGGAUGGUAACUGAAACCAACUGGUCUAGGCUCGAUGAGGAGGGCAUCAGUCUGGAUACCACGCAGCGUGAGCAUGAGCCGUCAGAGUCUCAGACUCAUCUUGGCGCAGAAACCCCGUCUCGCAAGGGCACCUUAUCUCGGAGCGAUUCAAAGGCCACUGUCCACAUUACACAGACUUUUGACGUCUCAGUUAGUGAAGCUCGCUCUGGAAGUGAUCACGAUCCCCACAGCCCGAAAGGCUGGAUGUUGUGA